ACAAAUCAGCUGAUGCUCGUGUAAACAGAAGAGCAGAAAGAAGAAGACUGGGCGCGACGUCCACUUUCAUUUGCCCUUAACUCUCGCCGUGGUGUCGUCAUUAAGAGAUGUGUGACCGCGAUAUGGAGCGCCGGCCGAGGACUGAUUCGGGGUUCGUGCCAAAGUAGCUUGGCGGGAUCAGAACGUCGCAUGCAGCUGCGCGGAGUGAGUAUCCAUGGAGGAGCUGGAACCGGACGAGCAGUUCCUGCGCUGCGCCAGGAAUGGAGACCUAGCCGGCCUUCAGAGGCUCCUCUUGUCCAAAAUCAAGGGAGAGACGGAAUUCAGCAUCAACUGUAAAGGUAAGAGUAAGUCUAACCUGGGAUGGACGCCUCUCCACUUGGCCUCCUACUUUGGGCACGCCAACGUCGUGGAGGAGCUACUUAAGGCUGGAGCGGACGUCAACUUGCCAAACAACAUCGGCGAUACUCCCCUGCACAAAGCCGCGUUCACGGGAAGAAAGGAGGUUGUCAUGCUGCUGCUGCACUACGGCGCGUGCGCCACCGUCAUCAACGGGACGGCUCGGAUCCCCAAAGACGUCACCCAGAGUGCGGAGAUCAGGAGCAUGCUGGAAGCGGCCGAGAGGACCGAAGAAAGGAAGCGAGAGGAGAAACUUCUGGAAGCGGCACGAGAAGGCGAUUUAUCAACUCUAACUGAGCUGCUGAACAAGAAGAAGGCGCCCGACAUCCAGUGCACAGACCUGCUGGGGAACACUCCUCUGCACUGUGCAGCCUAUCGAGGUCAGACGCAGUGUGCCGCCAAGCUGUUGAGGGGCGGCGCUCGUCCCGACGUCAAGAACAAGAAUGGCCAGACCGCGUUGGACCUGGCCAGCGAUGGCGCCAUGAAGCAGCUGUUGGAGGGCAACACUCACCCGGGGAUGAGACACCGCGCCAAGAAGUUGGAGGGACCUCUCUGGAAGAGCUCCAGAUUCUUUGGCUGGCGCUCCUACUGGGUCGUCCUGCAGGACGGGGUUUUGUCUUGGUACUCUAAACAGUCUGAUGCGGCUGCCAAUGUCAGACGACAAGGCUGCAAGUCCCUCACUCACGCUCACUGUCUGAUCCGUUCCAAAGAUAACUGCAUCUUCACCCUAAAGUGCUUCGAUGACAGCGUCCAUUACUUCAAAGUAUCACCUAAAAUGGAGCCCGAGGCGACAAGAAAAGCUUGGCAGAACGCCGUGGAGGAGCACUCUGCCUUCAGCACUCACUACUGCACCCAGGAGCAAGGCAGCGAGGAGGAGGAGGAUGAAGGCCCUUCACUGGGGCAGCUGGCUGACUCACUGCAGGCUGCGGAGGCGAGCCACAAGAGGCUGGAGCAGCAAGUGGCAGCUUUACUGUCCAUGAUGAAGAGUGACGGGGCCCUGAAAGAAGGGUGUCCGUCCACCAUGUUGCAGAAGGUUCAGGAACUCUGCGACCUGUCGCGCGAGACCCGUUCCAACCUGGGCGUCUGUCUCGGACUCUUCUCCAAACAGGAAGUGGUGCGUAGCAUGAAAUUGGAGCUGGAGGUGGAGAAGAAUAAGAUACUCUCCAAAGCACUGCAGACGUUGGCCACCGAGCACCACGAGCUGGAGCAGUCCGUCGUCAAGGGGUCGUCACAACGAAGCGUUCUCAGCGACGAUGAGUUCCACGACGCCCUGUCUGAGUCAGACUCUGAGCUCUCCCUGAGCGGCUUUGAGACGGUCGCCAGCCACUCCUGGGAGGACGAGGACCAGGGCGCCGUCAUGUUCGGCGGCAGCCACUGCAGCAGCCGCCCCGACGACAUGUCGCCGGGCGAUCGCCAUGGCAACACGGAGGAGACUCAACCCAACGGGAUCACCAAGUAUAGGAGCAGCCUACCUGCGCCGAUGUUUUCCAGAAAUGACUUCAGUAUUUGGAGCAUACUGAGAAACUGCAUUGGGAUGGAGCUCUCCAAGAUCACCAUGCCGGUGAUCUUUAACGAGCCGCUCAGCUUCCUGCAGCGUCUGACCGAGUACAUGGAGCACACUUACCUCAUCCACCAGGCCAACGCCACCUCGGACUCCGUUGACAGGAUGAAGUGCGUGGCGGCCUUCGCUGUGUCUGCUGUGGCGUCCCAGUGGGAGAGGACGGGCAAACCCUUCAACCCACUGCUGGGAGAAACCUACGAACUGGUCAGGGAGGACCUGGGCUUCCGGCUCCUGUCGGAGCAAGUUAGCCACCAUCCUCCUGUCAGCGCCUUUCACGCCGAGGGCCUCCAGCAGGACUUUGUCUUCCAUGGGUCCAUCUACCCGAAACUCAAGUUCUGGGGCAAGAGCGUGGAGGCGGAGCCCAAAGGAGUCAUCACGCUAGAGCUACCCAAGCACAACGAGGCGUACACUUGGACCAACCCUACCUGCUGUGUCCACAACAUCAUUGUGGGCCAGCUGUGGAUCGAGCAGUACGGCAGUGUGGAGGUCAUCAACCACAGAACCGGAGAAAGAUGCUGCCUGAAUUUUAAACCGUGCGGGCUUUUUGGCAAAGAACUGCACAAGGUUGAAGGGUACAUCCUUGAUAAAAGCAAGAAGAAGCUGUGUGCGCUCUACGGCAAGUGGACGGAUUGUCUUUAUGUCAUCGAUCCCGCCGCCAUAGAGGCUCACAGGAAGAACGACCGGAAAGGAGCAGGGAGCAUAAACAAGAAGGGUGGCAGUGAUGAUGUUCCUUCGCCAGCCAGCGACAGCGUAGAGAUGAUACCCGGCAGCCAGCUUCUGUGGAGGAUUGCCCCCAGGCCAGCCAACACAGCCCAGAUGUACAGCUUCACGUCCUUCGCCAUGCAGCUGAACGAGCUGCACGAGGACAUGGAGGGAGUCAUCCCUCACACCGACUGCAGAUGGAGGCCCGACGUUCGCGCCAUGGAGAACGGCAACAUCGACCUCGCCAGCGAGGAGAAAAAGAGACUGGAGGAGAAGCAGAGGGCCGCUCGCAAGAACCGCUCCAAAUUGGACGAGGACUGGAAGACGAGGAGUCCUGCACUUGGCUCAAGGUGGUUCCAGCAGGGCUCCAACCCUCACACCGCCUCCCAGGACUGGCUCUUCACCGGCGGGUACUGGGACAGGGAGUACGCGCAUCUCCCCGACAUUUACUAGCAAACAUUCCACACAAGAACAAUAAUUAAUACUACCGUGUAUUUAAAUGCUCGUGACGGACUUUUUUUUUGUUUGCCGUGUGCGUGUAUUGAGUGUGCCACUUCAUCAUUUGCAAUAUUCAAAGCACAACAUCAUCACCAUUAACAGCAGAAAAAUAAAUGGAACACCUUGCUGUUGCAAUGGAAAGCAUUCGGCAAAGGCGACACACGCCACCUUAUGGACAGAAGUCAAAUUGCAGCAAAUUAAUUUGUAUAUAUUAAAUCUAUUUACUCUUAAGAAGCAAACUAUAUUUUUGGGGGGAUUUUUACACCGGAAAUCCAACACAUUUUGUGUCAGAGGCCGAAACAAAGGACCAAAAUGUUAAAAACACCAAAUUAUUAAUCAGUGUAUCAUUAUUUUUACCAUUAUUAUUGUACUGCAUUAACACAUAUGCUGUGUCUAUAUUAUUGAUUAAAGAGAACAUUAUUGUAAUGUUUUUUAUUGAAAAAUAAAAAAACAAGGCUUGAAUUUUAG